GUAUUGCUUUCUAAUCUUGACACACCACCACCUCAACAUUCUUCAGUAUUGUGCACCCCAACUCUUGGAUUUUUGACAGCUACCUGGCUUCGCCUAUCUCCAACCUUGCAUCAUCGCAGGGUCUCAACAAUAAGAUGAAUCUCAUGGAUAUGCCAAGCGAAAUCAUUCUCGCCAUAAUAGAUCGGACUGUUCACACCUGUGAAUUAUAUGAAGGGCUUCAAUUACGCCUCCUUAACCGUUUCUUCAACACCGAGAUCCUCCGAUCUUAUUUCGUUACCAGAGUGGUGGACUUUCAUUCAGAGGCAGUAGUCACCAAAGCCAACGCAAUGGGGGACGUAAAUGCUGCAAGGCUUUUACAAGGACACCUCAGUGCCGUUGAGAGCUACGCCGCAAAAUUGCCCUGGCUUCUCACCGUCAAAUCUGCCCUUCAGCUUGCACCAAAAUCUAGAGACUACGAGGAUGACGUCGUCCAUGAAACCAUUCCUGAAGAAGAGAUCAUGCAACGAAAGAUUUGGAUCAUGUCGUUAGCUGUUACAGCAUACCUGGGAGUUCCAGAGGUUUUGUCUUGUCUCGAUCCCAACAAGCAACUCCAAUGCCGAUACAAUCACCCAACCCCAGCAGAAUUUCCAUACCUCAAAUGCAAGCCAUGGUGUGUCCCAUUUCGAGGCAAGCCUAGACGAUACGAGUCGGCCUUCGACUGGGCACUUUUGAUGGUAGUGUACCUCGACGACGUCCUAGCUGUACAAAAUAUGCUCAGCGACCACUCCGACAAAUUCAAAUCAAGCCCAGAAAUACCCCCGUCUUUUCAGUUAGCUGCGAGACGCAAAUCUGUUCCCACACUUCGGCUUCUUUUUGACGGACUUGGUGAUGCAGCCGACCCUGAUAGAAUUCCAAGUUUAGACUAUGGUUAUCCAGAAGGCACGACGGAUAAUUACGCAAAAUCUCACCGCCACAAACGUUGGCAGUAUUUGAAACUUGCACGCGAUGUUUUAGCUCAAGCGGUGAGCAAUUGAAUGCGCACUGCUAUUCGUCUUCCUGGAGAACUCUGCACAAUUAUCAGAUGAGUCGAGUAAUA